UGGACGCUUCAACUCGUUGCGCGGAGCAGCAACGUGGCGCUUCGUCUCCGUGCAACACUCUUUGAAAAGCAGCAAAUCUCUCCCCCCCCCCUUUAUACACACACACCACACACACACAAAUCUGGAUUUAUUCCCUUCUCCCUUCCAAGUGCCAGAAGUUGACAGAAGGAACCUCCCGCCCCCCCCCCCCCGUGUCUUUCCACUCACCCCCUCCACCCCGGGUGAUUGGCGGCAUGGAUGGGGAGGGGGCGGACGGGCGGGGGAGGGGGGAAGAGAGAGAAAAAGAGCCUCGAUCCAAGGCCUUUUUCUUUUUUCCCCCCCCAAAUGCCGCGCUCGCGAGCCACCCCCUCAAAUCCAACUCCGCCACCCCAUUCAUUCGGCGGCCCCCUCAAACCGCCCCGGCAAGACUCGUUGCAGAACGGGGAGGGCGGGUGGUGGGCGAGGGGGGAGGGAGGGGUUCGAAGCGCGGAGGGGGGACCCCGCUUUGGAAAGCCGCCCCCCCAUUAAUUCAACCCCCCCCCAACUCUCCCAUUUUGAAGUCUUUUUUUGGGGGGGGGAAAGUUUCCCGUCUCGGCUCCGGCAGCCGAGCUUAUUCGCUCGCUCCCAAAGGCAAGCAAGUAAGCAAGCAAGCAAGCAGGCGGCAGACUUGCAAAGCCGAGCCAAGCAGCCGCCGGGGCUGGGCAAAAAAUGCAACAGGUCCGCUUCGCACAAACUCCGUCCGGAGCGUUUGCAAACCGGGGUUGCGUGCAUCCCGCUCGCCUCGCUCUCCGGCCGGCCUGGCCGAGCUCAACUCCUGCCCGCCGUCUCCCUUCGCGGCCGGAGCCCCCAACCUAGGCAGGCAAGCGGCCGGGAAGCGGAGCGGGCGAGAGAGAGAGAGCCGGGGACCUCGCCCGCAGCCCGAUUCCUCCCACCCUUUCCCAGCAGGAGCCUCCAUUACGGCUGCACCCAGGCGAGCCCGCCACGGGAUCGUCCUCUUCCCGGCUUGCCCCGCCGGCACGUUCCCGCUUUGGGAUCGGAGGCGCCGGCCGCUUCCUCUCCAGAAGACCCCCCCCCGCCCCCAUUUGGCGCCGGACUACAAUCUCCAUCAGCCGCCGCACCUCCAGCGCAGCCAAAGCUCUCUGGGAAGCUUACAGAUGCACGGAAAAGACUGAAACGUUCUGACUCGGUUUGCAAAAGCUGCUAACCCUAUGAAGCCAACCAUUGUUGAACGAGGCCGGCCGCUCAGCUUCGCCGAACCGCCAGGCACCACCACGCAGGCUGAGCGUACACCCAAACACACCGCACCAGAAACUAGGCCUCCCGCCUUUUUCAUCCCAGCGGGUUCUGCAACAUCUUCAUCAAAACCCACGUUAUCGGAAAAGAGGAAGAAGAAGAAGAAGAAGAAGAACCGAGUUUCGGGUUGGCCUGAUAUCUGACGCAUAAAGCUCUCUCUCUCUCUCUCUCUCUUUUUUUUUUUAAAAAAAGUCCUGCUAACUAACUUUGGGUGAACAUCUCGCCCGAAAAAGGCAAAAAAAUGGGUUAGGAUGCUUCUGUGCAGGAGUUCGCACGGGCCGAUUCUGGCAAGCCACCGGGUGGAAACGCACCCGAGGGCUCGCCAGGAUCCUGAGAAAACUCUGGGCGUACGAGGAUGGGAGCAAAGCAGUUGUUUGUUUCCCGGGCCACGGGGCAUAAAGCAGGCAGCAAAUGUGAAAGAAUGCCAAUGGGGCGGGAACUCUGUCCAGGCACGUUGGGGAGUGUGGAAGAUUCCAUGCUGCCCUGCGAGAGAGAC